UUAACUUCAAAUAUCUGUAUUUUUUUAAAUUUUAAGCUGCAUUUCAGCUUUUUGAACUCUUCACUAUAACGUGGAGAGAAGAUCACUUUACAACAACAAUAGCAACAACAACAACAAAGCUAUUGAUAUCCUAUAAUAACACCUCCAUAUACUCAAAUAGAUAUUUUAGUCCAGCUUAUAUUGCCUUUUACACACAUGUAGGUACAGCCUGUAUUUUACAAGGCUGUACCUACAUGUGUUUUACAGGCUGUACCUACAUGUGUUUCACAAGUUCCAUAUGUUUGUUUACUAAUUUUCUCCAGCCUACCAGCAUGCGUUAAAAACCUGUCAUCCAGGUAAUGAUGAGAGAUAUCGAGUAUACUGGAAGCUCAUCUAUUUUCGUAAUCACACAACUCAGUUACGCCUCUAUGUAGACAAGACUCAAUAAAUGGUCCGCCAUUUAUUUACUCCGCGUACGCCUCAAUGGACACGAAAACCAAAUUAAUAGGCCUAAUGCGGGUAGCUUAAGUGGCACCCUAUCUUUCUAUUCAUUGUGUUUGACUAUGCGCGGGAUUCACAGGACAGUUUUAAAAAUCUAGACACGUACUACGCCAGCUCUAUCGAAUUUUAGUCGGAGAUUAUAUGUAUCAUUGUUUCCAACCGACGACGAAAGAAGGCGUGUGUUGCGUUUUCACGAAAUCACAUUCGUAAGCCAGCCCCAGACUUUUGUCACCCAUCGAAGCUUUUAACAACAUAUCGAUGUCGGUGAUUUUUGGAACAUUAAUGUGAAUAUGCAACUUGAAGUUGUGGCGCUGAUCGCAGUGGUUCAAUGAAUACGGCAACUGGUGGUAAAGCUCCUCAACCUCGGCCUACGUUGUAUUAGCAAAAAUUUACGGUACAGGCCUCGGUUAACAGUGUGUGCUCGUCGCCAGGUGCUCCAUCAGUAGACUGCUAAGAACGGGGCUGUCUUCCAUUCAUCAAUAAUAAGAUUGGGUGAUGGUGAGUUCGCCUUAGUGGACAAUAAUUCAAGUAUUAUAUAAUGCUUAUAUUGAUUUUGUUCAGUACAUCCUUCAUCGAUAGUCUAACAUGCUUUCUGAGUAUGACUUAUAAACCUGAAUGGGCAAAUUUCAAUGGGCUUAUCCUGCUUAUUUAGGCUGGUGGAAUGGUGGAACAAAAUCCUUCUACUGGAUGAUUAAUAUGGAACGGUAGGUUUUUCUAAGAAUGGAAAUGAUUUCAGAAUACGAUCCGAAUACAUAGAAACAAACGGAUCUCAAUCGGAUGACAGUCAUGGCUGAUGACUAAUCCUCCCGAAGUGGAUGAAAAUAACGACAUCGUUAUGCAGGUGUCACGACUAUUCAUCCUCCCCUAUUCCUCAUUGUCUACUGGCCAUAUCCACUUAGCAAUGAUAAGUAGUCCAUGUUGAACUCAGGCCACGAUAUCAUGUAGGUGUGUUCGGACUAUAUCACUGCACGGACCAUGGUAUUGUUUUACGGCCAUCGGUGUCAUUCUGCCUUGCAGUGAGGAUUUGUAUUAAUCAUGCGGUUCGCUCAGGUGUGAUUCUAACCUUAACUGAAAGAAAGCAUUGCUCUUCAUUGCGUGCAAUUUGGGUAAAUCAAGUUGUGAUUAUUGGCUGUUUGAGGUUAGCAAAGCGAGAUGUUCUAUUAUCAAGACGGGUAUUUUAUCUAUACUUUGAUUGAUUACCUACUUGCUUACUAUUUGAUUACUACUAUGAGUCGUCGAUUUGGAACGUGUAGUAUUUUCGAUGUAAGCUAUAAGGCCACACCAGAGAAGAGUGCAAACAAGAUAAAUGCCGCAAGCUGCAAAAAGUUGUAACUUUCUAAAGUUGAUAAUUAAUAGCCAAUUUGGCAAUUAGCCCUUUGUUUGAUCGGAGGAAGAUAGCCACGCUUAUUGUUGGCGGCAUUCAUCAAGGUAACAUACGCUGCUUACUGAAAUCAAAUCUAGUACCCCUUCUGCUAGAUUCACGUGGUAAUCUGUGGGCUUUUUUUUUUUUUGUUUUCCACAAUACGGCGAAGCGAUCAACGGGCUGCCGACGGACGGUUUUUCCGAGGAGUUUCAUGUUUUUAGCAGCGCAUCUGUUUUUUUUUUUAUUUAAUCUGAUUUUUUGCCAUUUUCGAUUAGGUGUUUUACUUUUUUUUUUUUUAUCUACAACAUAGGUCUGCUACACGUUUUAGAGUCUAUACGUAUAUCGCUUGCAUUCGUUCAUUUGUUCAUUUGACAUGCUUUAUGAUCACUGCCCUUUUUGUGAAAUUUUUGAUAAACUAAAAAGUUCGAGCAUUCUUGACAAUCCACCUUUAGGUUCUAUACCGAUCACUUGUAUCGUCUUAUUUAUAUAUAUAUAUAAACUAAUGAUUAUUAUGUCAGAGGAUAAUCUGAAAAUAUUGAUUAGCUGUCGAAAUCGAGAAUUUAACUUUGUCCUAUUGAUACGUUCAAAUCAAUUGAUAAACAAUGAAUACUUUUAUAAGGAUCAUGGGAGAGACGGACAAUCGAUCAGACUCAUCGACGGUGAAAGAUCCUAAGCCGCUUGAGAUUGUACGGUCUAAUGGUCGAUGUCGGGGAGACAAGUCGAUCGACAAAGAUUUCUCGGCCUGCGUUGUUUCACAUGUAGCACUGACAGCCAUUACCGCCCCGUCGAAGUGACGUUUGCGCUUAGCUGACCUGCAAGACGCAUCGUGCAUCCAUGUAAAUUUGCCCUCGAGGAACGUGGCCUAGUAUCCUGCCCCGCUAUUGUUACGGUUAUAGCUAGUAUCGCUGCCACUACUUCGAACGACAUCUGCUGUUGCCGCCCCUGACGAUUUUGGUGUUUAUUUUCGCCUGUGUCUGCGUUAAUAUCUGGUCGUAUGUGUGUAUGGGUAAGCACAACCGUUACAGACGUUUAAUCUGUUACAUCUUUAUCUACUGGUAAGGCUGCUGCUGACACAACGAUGUAACAGCUGCUACUACUCCGCGUUAUGCCAGAGCAGGAAAAGGGGGCGAUCACAAACAAACAAGCGAUUCGUAUGGCGAGAGAGACUCAGACAUAUUGUCUGCACCGGAUAAACUAGCUGGCAGGCAGGCAGGCAGGCGAAAAAGUAUAUUGCCACCCUAUAAUGAAUACAGAACGUUCUCCAAGGCCGUCGAAUCUACAAGAGGCGGGAAAGAUUUCCAAAACACGUUAUGAACGCCUUUUGCGCUCAUCCCCAUUGUUGUAUGUGGCCAUGCCGAACAAUAACUGGACUUUUCAAACAAAUGAAGUAAGAGCAGGAAACCGUGGCGGUCCAUGGCGCGGUGUUGCAGCGUUGCUGUCUGCAUCAAAAAAAGGCUUUCAGCGUUGUGCCACUAGCGUCUGGCUGCCGAUGCGUUUUCGACGGCAGUAUUCGCUGCUUCUGUCUAAGGCAGCGAUAACGCUCUGUUUUACCUAUCUAAUCUGGUAUCAGAUACGAGAUCCAGCGCCGUCGGCGGACGCCGUGUCGGAUACUUUGCCGCGGGCGUUUGCCCGGCUACGAAAGAAUAAUGGGAGCGUUUGGGUUAUUGAGCCGUCCACACGAGCCCAAGCACCCAGGUCUGAGGCGUCUUCAUACGUACGAAGCUAUGUGGCCGAGCUGAAUCGCAUGCAAACUAUCUAUAACGAAGAUGUAUACGGACCGCUGGCUGAGCACGAUGUCGUUAUUGUAGUACAAGUCCAUAACCGAUGGACGUAUCUUGAAGCGCUAGUUGAUUCUCUUCGGGCAGUACCCAACAUCAAUCGGACAUUGCUGAUAUUCUCGCAUGACUUCUAUGACGCAAAUGGCGUAAUCGAGGAGUUACCAAAGAUUGUGACGUUUACAAAAAUGAUGCAAAUUUUCUAUCCGUCAUCGAUUCAACUCGAACCUAACCGAUUUCCCGGCGAUGAUCCAAAGGACUGUCCUCGUGACGCAACCAAGAGUAUUGCUAAAAAGUUGGGCUGUCAGAACGCCGCCUACCCAGAUCUCUAUGGGCACUAUCGGGAAGGCAAGUUCUGCCAAACGAAACACCACUGGUGGUGGAAGGCGAACCGGGUAAUGGACGCGCUAAACGCGACAGCGCAGCACAACGGGCCGUUCAUGUUCCUUGAAGAGGAUCACUAUGUAACACCGGACGUCCUGCAUGUUCUACGUCGAAUGGAAACCGCUCAGCCGAAGGCGUGUCCAGAGUGCCGAAUAUUUGUUAUGGGCACCUACUUAAAGUCAUUUAAUUAUCGCCAGCUUGGUUCAACCGUCGACAUUUUAAAGUGGGCUUCAUCGCGGCACAACAUGGGCAUGGUGCUCUACCGGGAGCUUUGGCGGGAUGUCCGUGACCGCUGCGCACGCACAUUCUGCACGUACGAUGACUACAACUGGGAUUGGUCGCUCUAUCGAGUCAGUAUGUCAUGUUUCGAGAAGCCCCUGCACGCGAUGGUCGUAAGAACAACACGAGUCUUCCACGUUGGCGAGUGCGGCGUUCACCAUAAAGGGUCGUCAGGGAAACCAACGGGUCUUUCGCCAUCGUUCGAUUUCCUGAUCCUGCCCGACCUCCACCGUGUCGUGUGUAUCGCCGGCCUUGCACUCAGCAUCGUCUCACUUCUGGUGUUGCGCACUAGAGGUCGGCCCACGUCAUCAACGCUUCCGGCAGAUAAUAACCCAGAUGUCACGAGAUCGCCCGUUCUCGUGUUCAUGCGUCACACCGCAGUGGCCACUGCGCUAACGUUUCUCUUCCAGCAUCUCUUCAUCGACAUUCAUUAUUUCAUAGGUCGGUACAUCUUAUCGGCGUUGCAAGGUCCUCUAUGCCAUGCGUCAGUGCAUCUCGAAUUCAGUUCAGCCAUAGUUCAUUUCUUCUUGGCUGGGUUGUUUGCAUCUCUUCAAUAUCUCUGCGCGCUACACGGCUCGUCCAGAUGGACGCGGUUCUUCCGUAAACGAUUUGAUCGCCUUUGCGAAUGGGUCUGGUGCUUAGCUUUGAUAAUAGCUCUUCCUGUCUGCUGGUACACCGGAAGUCAUGCUGGAAUGUGUUUUGAUGACGGAAUGGAGCAUCUUUAUGGAUACCGUUUCGUCUUUGUGGAUAUACUCACAUCGGUCUGGUUGUUGACACCUUUGGUUCUCCAUAUAAGAUGGCUGCGAAGAACGACCAGCUUUGCAUCGGCAUUGCGCACCCUUUGGAGAGCCAAUAGACUCUCGACAUAUUACGCUGCCAAAUGGACUUUCUGGGCCCUUCCUCUAUGUCUCCUGGCAGAUUACUCCUGGCAUCAUAACCACGUAAAUGUGCUACUCUUCGCGUACGACGGAUAUCUUCUCAGUUACGCCAUUGAUGUCAUCUUCUUCGCGUUUUUUGUGGAAGAAUUUCGGGAGCUGCUUCGGGCGACACUGCCGUGGUUACCCAUAGGUCGCGCGAUAUCUGAGGGCACGCGUACGGUGAGCCCGUUGAGUUCGACCAGUUCCCUCUCGAAUCUCAGUGGAGGGCGUGACCUAGAAGCAGAUCUUGAGCAGAACGGCGAUGAUAACGACGAGAAUGAAUUACUAAAUCAACGAUUGGAACAGCACGAGGCGCUGUAUAAUCAGCAACAGCAGCAACAAGCGCAGCAUCACGAGACGUCAACGCCAAAUGUAAAUAACGUCCUUUCCUCUUCGACCACACCGAUUGAACAACUGACCCUAGUGCAAAUCUGAUCAUUAAUAAUAUUUUUUGGCGAUAUUAACGGCGGUCAAGUGAAUGCCGCGGGUGGCCUUGGAGUUGCAAAGGAUGAAUAAACAACGUUGAGUGCGU